AUGCCGAGCAUGAGCCUAGCCAAGGAGAAUUGCAUACUUAAAUCCCUGCUAGAGUCGAUUGGGUUUGACAGCUUAUCGCUCGAGGGGUAUCUACGGGGCGCUCCUUUCGAUGGACUGCAGGUGCCGUUCAAAUCCGAUUUCAUCGCACCCGCGGGUCCUGUAACUGAUGUGGGGUUUGGGGGGUUGGAGCUUGGGUUGAUGCCUACUGAUCAACUCGAUGCUCUCGCUACAGGAGAACCAAUUUCUAGUACCCAGAAUAUAGGCCUCGUUAGCCCCGAUGCCUCGGAUCUCUCGUACUCUGCCCCGACAUUAGGGGCGAAUGAGAUCUCACUGGACAUACUUAAUAGUCAGCCUCCAAUAUGGGACACUGAAUUAUUAAUGACCGAAGACCCAGCCGGUAUACCGCACGUGGUAGAUGGAGAAAUCUCGCGGCCAGCAAACUCUGUCAAUGGCGAGACUACAUUAUGCAGUGUUGCAUUCCACCUUAUUAUCCAGUGCAACCGCAUGGGCAAGGAUGUGCUCGAGCUCGAGACGAAGCUGCGGUAUGGGUACAGAAUGCCCGCUGUUCCCGGCGAAGGUUGUCGGGUAGAUAAUGGGACUCUUUUGGCGGCGCUUGUUGAGCUGGUUAGUGAACCUGGAAUAGGGAUAUGUGCUGCGGUCAACCUGCAGAAACAGUAUCCGCACGCAACGUUCGGCGUGUUCGAGAAACAUCACCGGAUAGGGGGCACCUGGGCGAAGAAUACAUACCCAGGAUUACGGUGCGAUAUACCUUCAAAGAUGGAGGUUUCCGACGUUGGUAUACUAACUACAACGCCGGCUUUGCAGCUCUACUCAUACUCCUUCGCGCCUAAUCCUGACUGGUCGUCCACAUAUGCCUCGCAGCCCGAGAUCCUCGCCUAUAUUGAGCGUGUAGCCACCAGGCACCGUAUUCCAGAGCGCAUACACCUGCAGCAGGAAUGCCUUUCCGCCUGCUGGCGGGAGGACGAUUAUAUAUGGGAGGUUCAUUUCAAAGACUGUGCGUCGGGAACUCUCUACACGACAGAAUGUCGGGUUCUCAUCACGUCAAUUGGCUUUCUUGAUAUCCCACGCGGGCCCGAUGGUAUUAUCGGGUCUGCAGAAUUCCAGGGAAGCGUCUUCCACAGCGCAUCCUGGGACCACAAUGUCGAUUUUGAGGGACGAAAUGUUGUCGUGAUCGGCAACGGAUGCUCUGCAAACCAGUUUAUUCCGUGGCUACUCAAGCACACGGGGUUGUCGAAGUUGACACAGGUAGUCCGCAGCGCACACUGGAUUGCUCCGAAGACAGAUCGCAUUAUUGGACCAAAAGAGAAAUGGCUUUUAAGCCACAUCCCCUGGCUUCUAAAAACCCGUCGCUGGCUGCUUGCGGCAAAAUUUGACCUUGCCUUUGCGGCUUUUCGCAAGACCAUACUUGGCCGGUUCCUGCGCACCCAUCUGGAAGCGAGCUUUAAACGGUACAUGCAGCGAGCCGCACCUGCUAAGUACCACUCACUCCUGAUCCCUGCUUUUACCUUUGGCGCCAAACGUCCUGUGUUAGACCAUGGGUACCUGGGGAUCCUACACGAUUCCCGAGUGGAUUUAAGGCUGUCAGAAAGCAUUCGGGUGUCGGGCCCAUACUCAUUAGCAACGGAUGAUGGACAGGAAAUACCUGCAGAGAUCCUGAUUCUCGCAAACGGCUUUAGAACGCAGAGCCUAAUCACGCCAAUGAAGAUACAAGGGCGAGAUGGGUCCCUUAUAUCGGAUGCCUGGCACAAGGAUGGCAGGUAUCCGUCUGCGUAUAUGGGGGUAACAGUUCCCUCCUUUCCAAAUUUCUUUAUGAUAACGGGGCCAAAUACACUCCCCUCGGGCCACUCCACACUAUUCGGGAUCGAAUGUUCAGUCGAGUAUAUUAUGCGCGUGCUUCAACCGCUAUUUUCGCACGAUAAACGCGGUGGACGCAGAUGGAUCGAUGUACGCGCCGCGGCGCAUGAGGCGUAUAAUACCAACAUCCAGCACAGACUGGAUGGGUUGAUUUACUCAGCUGAUGUGCGCAAUUGGUACGUUGAUGCGCGAACAGGGAGGAAUACGCUUGUGUGGCCAGGAACGCAGACUGAGUUUUGGCUUACACGGUGUGUCUGGCCUGUGAGGUGGGAGGACUAUGCUGUCGGGUAUUGA